AUGUCUACUGCUACCUUCCCUCUCCUCCUUCUACCAGAAAACGCUCAACGGAAAGUGCUCAAUGGUUUCGAUGUAAUUCAGUUAAUCAACUUCUCUCUCCUCUCAAACAACGCCAAACAACUCGCCAAAUCUCUCAACCUUGCCAUCGACAAAAUCUUUCUGUGUCCGGAUGACGACUUUAUCGAAAUUCUAUCAAUUCUUGAGUAUGAGAUAUCGGUGCGAUUAAUAUUCUAUCCUCCAGAAUCAAGUACCGGUAUACAGCCAGUACGUGGUACGGUACCAAUUUUUGUGCCCAGUCGUGUGAAAGUGGAGAAGGAUCUAGAGGAAACUGGGGAAUAUCAGAACCCGGGACUGAGUGUUUCGGAAUGGUUGGAACUGUUCCGAGAGGUGUUUAACCACCCGCCGAUUCUGAAUAUUGCGUGGUCGAAACCGGACUGCCUCUUCAAUAUGAAAUCGAUAAAGGAUACUGUGAAAGGAUUCAACGUGGACGGGCUCUACUUUACUCUUGACUGUGGUAUGGAUUGUGCACAGCUGGUUUUAAAGAACUUCCCAGAAUAUAAAAAAUUGUUUAUCGAUAGUCCCGCUUUCAGAAAUCCAGUUGAGUAUCAAAAUAUCCUCAUACAGAAUGCGGAUAUUCUAACUAUUGGGUCUUUCGAUCUAGAUUUGAAAAUCUCUUUGGAUGAUAUACUUCUUAUCAACAGCGAAUGGAUAGAUAUUAUCUCAAGACACAUCACCGACAAGAUGAUCAAUCGAUACCUGAAGCAUUGGAUUCAAGGAUCAAACCCGAGAAUGGAGAAGAUGAGAAUCAAGUUCGAACCAAAUCGGAUUUUGGAUGAAGAAGUGAUUCUGAAGGGUCUCAAAUAUCGCAGAACUCAACCAAACCGGAAGAGAUAUUUUAGGAUGAUAGAACACGAGGGAGUAGUCACAGCAGAAGAAGGCAUUGAUAUCCGCCGAAAGGAUGGAGCGGAAGGGACGAUUGUAUUUGAAACUCUCAACGGGAAUAGUUGCUUUGUUUUCUAUGUGUGCAAUUGA